AAAAAAUCGCGCACCUUCCCUCCCCGUCUCCUCUGCCCCCCAGCUUGUUGCCUUGCGCGGUUAGCUGCGCCAGCGAGGCUCGUCUCGCGGCCCUCCCCCUCCGUCCUCGCGCCGCUAUUCUGCCCCGGUCCCAUAAAUUCGAAUCCAAACGCGCGACCGUCGCUGCUGCGGCCGUGGCAAAGGAAACACAGAAAAAGGCCAACGCCGUCUUCUCUUCCUCGACGACGCCAGGGAAGGAGGUGGAGCGCAGGCAGCUGCCUCCGCUAGGGUUUCCCAUCUUCUCGGUGGAGGCGCCGCCGCCUCCGUGACCCGGACCCUGCCAGCCAGGUCCACGUUGAUGCCAGGGAGGUGCAGCCGUCAUUGAUUUCCCUCCUGCAGCUGCAUCCCCAUGCCGACCAUCACGACCAUCACGCACUACGUGCUGGAUCCCUUGCUUGAGACGCGGUCUCCUGCGCAGGUCCAGAAAGCCACGCCCAAGCCGCUGCCCUCGCCUCCGGACAAGGCCACACCCGUGCCGGUGGCUCCUGUGAGGACGCAGACGUCGCCGGCGUCACUCUAUGCCACGCCUGAGAGCACCACUCUGCCUGACUCGCCUUCCUCGUUCCCCGGAACCUGGUCGCCGUACAUCAUCAACCAUAAGAGGCGGGGGGCCUCCCUUGCCAAGACAUUCUCUCAGGGUGAUGAUGGAAAUGAGGGCAGCCAGCCGAAGCUCCCAGUGGUGAUGCUGCCUGCUUUGCCCAAAGGGGCUCAACCCACUGCAGUGCAGGAGCCUGAGUUUGCGUUUCAGCAAUCAUGGAAUGGUCAAGCUGAAUGUGACAUUGGUGUGGAAGAGGCUCCCAUCAAUGGAAAAAAUGAAAUACUACUGAAGGGCAAGGGAUCUGUGUCAGCCAAAAAUGAGCAGGAGCAGCCUGAGUUUGAGUUUCAGCGUGGAAGUUCUGAAGCACUAGUGAAGCCUGUUAAUGUUGGGAGGCCUUUGAUUGGUGAAGCACCUAAAAAUGAUGAGAUCGAUGCCUUCCUUGAACUUCAGGAUUCGAUGAGUGUGGCUAGCAAUACUGAAGCUGAUGAUGCUGGUAUGCAAGAGCGGUGGUGGAAGCCCAGUUCGCCUUUUGGGACCUCUGUUGGCACACCUGGUGCUGAAUUCUAUGAUGCAUUUGAAGAAAUAUCAAGUGAUGGUGGAACUCGAUCUUCACGAGCCAUGGAUGAUGACCUUCGUGAAAUGAGGUUAAGUCUGUUGAUGGAAAUUGAGAGGAGGAAGCAAGCAGAAGAAGCACUUGAGAUCUGGCAGAAGGAAUGGAAGAAGCUGAGUCACCACCUAUCACAUGUUGCCUUAUCACUUCCAUCUCCAAGUAUAGCUGAGGAUACUGAUGAUUCAAGCGUGGAUCCUGGAGCUGAGUUGUGCCAGCAAAUAACUGUUUCACAACUUGUAGCUGCUGCUAUUGCCCAGGGUUUUGCUCGUGCUGAAGUUGAAUCAGAGAUGGAAACUGUGAUUGCAGCAAAGAACUUUGAGAUUGCAAGGCUGUCGGAUAGGGUCCAGUACUAUGAAGCUGCAAACAGGGAAAUGUCCCAAAGAAACCAAGAAGCUAUCGAGAUGUCAAGGCAACAACGCAAGGAGCGUAAGAAGCGACAGAAGUGGUUCUGGGGAUCAGUUGGGCUUGCAGUCACCCUUGGUGCCACAGCUAUUGCCUGGUCUUAUUUACCUUCAUCGCAGCCCCAAGCUAGUGCAGAUUCAAAGAGUACUGCCAACAACUAGAGCUAGGAUGAAGACAUAUCUCAUUUCAGAAGCCUAACAAAGCUCUAACUAUACUCCUAGAGGGGAAAAAAAGGUUGUAUAAGUUUUCUCUUUUGGUGAUCGGCCAUGAUCGCUACAAUCUCUUCAUUUGUUGCUUCGUCUGUAAAAAUGUUGGAUGGGCCAUCUCCAUUCAGGAUUGGCCCCAUUCCAAUCACCGUAAAUCUCUCUCUGCAUAGAUGGUUGAGCAAAUAAUACAAGCAAUGUGGAUAUGGUUAGUAAUCCAUGCCCACCGACCCCACUCAAGAGGAGUUGAUUUUGUCAACCACAGUUUUGUUCUGCUCAUCCUUUUUUCUGUUUUCAAACAAAGAGAUAAGGACUCAGUUCUGUGCGCUUGUAACUGCAUUAAGUGUGGUUCUGUAGCCGAGGGUUAUCUGAACCCUUUGUGGCUAUGACAGAGCAACUAAAUGCCGUGGCCUGGGCAACAGAAUUGCACAUUCUGUUUCCAUUGCUCUUUGAAUUUUGUAUAUUUAUGUUUAA